UUGCAUCGCGCUCAUAUAUAUGUGGGAUUAUUUCUCUGUUUAUUUAUGUAUUUUUUGUAACGUCGCAAAUUUGAGUUAAGACACGAGCGACGGUGAUUCGACGAAGAUCAUUGAACAUUGUGUCGAGCGACGAGUCUUGCGAUCGAUACCGCAAUCCACAUGAGCUGUGAGUGAUCGUUAGAAUUCGAGUAAAGGAUCGACAUUUCAAGUAUCUUACGUAGUGAAUGUGAUUCGCCGACGAUGGCUAGUGCAACUGUAAUAAAGGAUAUCCUUGGAAUCGGCAAGAAGGCCAGUAACGGCAACAAUCCAAGAGUCAAGAGCAGCAGCAGCAGCAGCAUCGGCGCUACGGACGCUGUGCAAGGUCACCCGCGACGCGACGAAGACAAGGUGGACGGCCCGGUGAAAACGACGUUGGCUGCUGCCGCCAGUUGCAGCAGCACCAGCAGCCACAGCAUUGAGAGCCAGCAGCGAACAACGAGAGGCAGCAGCCGCAAGCGCAAAAUGUGUGACAGCCAAGCAGGACCCGAUUCCUGCUGUCUGUCGCUGCAGAAUGGAGCCGUACAGCCGCUUCUAACCGAUCUGUACCAAAUAACGAUGGCCUACGCCUACUGGAAGAACGGCAAGAUGAAGGAUCACGCCGUCUUUGAUUUGUUUUUCCGUCGGAAUCCUUUCCAUGGCGAGUUCACCAUUUUCGCCGGGCUUGAAGAGUGCCUCAAAUUCCUCGACAAGUUUCGUUACACCGACAGCGACAUCGAAUAUCUUAGAUCGACCAUGCCGACUUCGGUUGAACCAGAAUUUUUUGACUUUUUGAAAAGUCUUACUGCUAAUGAUAUUUUGUUGUAUGCUGUCGAAGAGGGAUCGGUAGUGUUUCCAAGAGUACCACUUUUGAGAGUCGAAGGACCAUUAAUCAUGGUGCAGCUUUUGGAAACAACUUUGUUAAACUUGGUCAACUUUGCAAGCUUAAUGGCUACAAAUGCAGCUAGAUACCGAAUGGUAGCUGGAAAAUCUGUAUCUCUCUUGGAAUUUGGUUUACGCAGAGCUCAAGGGCCUGAUGGGGGUUUGAGUGCUUCAAAGUACAGUUACAUUGGUGGCUUUGAUGGAACUAGUAAUGUUCUUGCUGGAAAAUUAUACCAAAUACCUGUCAGUGGAACUCAUGCUCAUGCAUAUAUUAUAUCAUACACUAGUUUUAAUGAUUUACACACCAAGAUGCUAGCACAUAAAGAUACUGGAGAGGAAAUAGAUAUAUUGGAACUAGCUUGUGAAUAUCGGGAUCAAAUUGCUACAGAUGUUGGUGCUAUAGCAUCUGAAGCUUCUGAAGGAGAGCUUGCGGCUCUUAUUAGCUAUGCCAUAGCAUUUCCAGAUGGAUUUAUGGCUUUAGUAGACACUUAUGAUGUAAAAAGUGUAACGUCAGCCAAGCGGCAAGCAAAUGUAGACAGCCUAAAACUAACGAAAAAAGCUCUAACUAACGGCAAUAAUAAGAUAUCUCGUACUACUGUCGCGAAACACGAUUCAAAUUUAUCAGCCGGAUCGACUUGGUCUGACAAGAGCGGCUUAUUAAGACACGAUGAAUUGGGUGAGCUCUACGUAAGGAGUGGUUUGUUAAACUUUUGUGCAGUAGCUCUAGCUUUGCACGAUAUUGGUUAUAGAGCUAUUGGAAUAAGAAUAGAUAGUGGAGAUUUGGCUUAUUUAAGUCAGGCUGCUAGAGAAAUAUUCUCUAAAAUUGCUAAAAAAUUUGACCUACCAUGGUUUGCAAAGCUGACAAUUGUUGCUUCUAAUGACAUCAAUGAAGAAACUAUUGUCAGUCUGAAUGAACAGAAUCAUAGGAUAGACUGUUUUGGUAUCGGGACGCAUUUAGUAACAUGUCAGAAGCAGCCAGCCUUGGGUUGUGUUUAUAAAUUGGUUGAAAUUAAUAAUCAACCUAGGAUAAAGUUAAGUCAGGAAGUUGGAAAAGUAACUAUGCCUGGUAGAAAAGCUGCCUAUCGAUUGUAUGGAGCUGACGGACAUGCAUUAAUUGACUUACUCCAAAGAGUUGAAGAAGAUGCUCCAGAAGUAGGACAAAAGAUUUUAUGCAGGCAUCCUUUUGAAGAGUCAAAAAGAGCCUAUGUAAUUCCAUCAAAAGUAGAGGCUCUCCACAAGUUGUAUUGGGAAAAUGGUAAAAUCUUGUACAAACUCCCAACUCUUCUGGAAACUAAAAACAGAGUAAAGGAAUCAUUAGCAACUCUUCGUAAUGACAUUAAACGAAAUCUCAACCCCACACCAUAUAAGGUAUCAGUCAGUGACAACCUGUACAGUUUUAUUCAUGAUUUAUGGCUCCAAAACGCUCCAAUUGGAGAAUUGUCUUGAAUAUUCAUGAAUGUACUUACCAAGACAAUUUUUUUUGGUCUUACUACUCUACAGACAUAUUCUAUUGAAGUGGAAGGUAAAUUGUAAAUUUUAAAAAUAAUGGAGUUAACAGAAAUAUUGUGGCUUGAUAGUAGGACAAAUUAUCCUUAUAUAGGGGGCCUUAUAAAAAAAAUGUAAUUAGUAGUAGGUUUUAUGGCAGUAAAAUGUGUUAUUUUUUGUAACUCAUAUUCAUGUGAUUUUGGUAACUUAUUGUACAAAAUUCAGAUCAAUAUUACAUACUAACGUUUGUUGAAGCUGUUAAUUUUAUGUCAUGUAUUUUUAUAGAAAUCUUUGGUCAAAUCUUUGACAGAUGAAAUUAUUUUAUGUAGAUUUUACAACCAAAAUUAACUAAAAAUAUGAAUUUAUUACGAUUAUGUAAAAUAAAUGUAAUAUAGACAUGUAGUUUACUACAACAUGUACAAAUUUAUGUUGACGGCUAUUAUUUUUAAUAGUAAGUUAGUACAUGUUAGUAUUGUGAUAGUAAUUGUUGACUAUUAUGAUUAUAAUGUGCAUAUUUGAAAAUUGUUAGUCUUACAUCAAUUAUAUUGAUGUAAGAAUAUUUCUCUGAAGUUAAUGAUUUUUUAUACUUUUCACGUAAAAUUAUACAUUCCUAUUACCUUAUUUUUUAUCAUCGUCUAAGGAGAUGUGCAUAAUCCUGUUGUAAAGAUUAUUCUAUUUGUUACAAUAAUUUGU